AAAUAUAAUAUGGCGAACUUUCCGUAUUGGUAUAAAAUAUAUUGCUCCUUAACAUUUCUUUAAAUAACUUCAUUUUAGAAAUGUAAAAAAUUUUAUAAACUUUCUAAUCAAAUUUUAGUAAUAUAAAAAAAUACAAAUAUAUUUAAAUUAAGUGAAAUAAAUGUGAAAUAAGGGUAUAAAAUUUAAAAGAAAAGAAAAAUUGAAAUUGAAAAAAAUAUUUAAAAUUAAAAAAGAAAUUCAUAUAAUAUAUGUGUACAUAUAUAAAUAUAUUAGUUGUACAUAAGUAUUUAUAGAAGAAAAAAAAUUUCUGUCAUAUGUAUAAUUGAAAAAUAAGUUUAAAUUAAAAACUUCCAAAAAUUUAUUUCCAUUUAAAAGAAUUAUGAAAAAGAAUAAAUAAUUUUAAACGUAUAUACAUAUAUAAAUACAUAUAUAUAUAUAUAUAUAUAUAUAUAUAUCUAUAUAUGCACAAAUUGAAAAAAAGCAAACGUGUGUGCGAUUUAAUGCAAAGUUGUGUUGGUGAGUGGCUAUCAAAAAAGCUGAAAAUAAAGUCUCAACUUUAAGCAAAUGGUGUAAAAUUUAAUAAACAGCGAUAGAAAAUAAAAAUUUUAUUAAAAAUAAAUAAUAAUCAACGUGUUAAUUUAAAAUCGAAAAAUUAAAUAUACUGAAAUAUAAUUUCUUUUCUCGUUCUUAUGCAGAAACCUAAAAUAAUCUUGAAAACAAUAAUAUUACAAAAAAUAAAUCUUGAUUUGCUUUUAAAUAUUUUCUGAAAAAUAUUUCAACCAUUCAUAACUAAAAAAAAUCAAAAAUCAGCUAUUUAUUUUCUUUUUAUACGGACACAUAUGAACAUAUACAUAUAUAUUCAAAUGUAGGUACAUAACAAAUAAAUCUAAUAAAAAGAAUACUUCCAUAGGGUGUUAAUCAUAAAAAAACCAUAAAAAAAAAAAAAAUAAAAAAGAAAUUAAUAUCAAAAUUUAAAAUAAAUCAAAAGACAAUAUAAGCAAAGUUAUACAUUUAAUAUCCAUUACAAAUAAAAAAUUAAUACAUUUUACAAAUUUUUGAAUAAAAAUAAAAAAAAAGACAAAUAAGUAUACACACAUAUAUAUUUUUCUAUUAAUGGCUAUCUUUGUUAAGAGAAACUAUCAAUAUAAUAACAUUGAUAACAUCAUUAAUAUUAAAAACAUAAAUAAGAAUAACAAAACAAAAAAUAUAAUUACAACUACUAAAUAACGUUAUGAAAGAAUUUCGUAAAAUCUUUACAAUUAAUAAAGGACAACCACUACAACCAUCAUCAUCAUCAUCAUCGUCAUCAUCAUCAUCAUUACCUCCAAUAACGUCAUCUUCAAUUCAUCCAUCAUCACUACUAUCGUUGACCAAUAAAUGUACUAAUAGUAAUAGUACUAAUAAUAGUAAUGACGAGAAAGACAUGAAGAAACAAUUACAAAAACCGCGCAUGGAUGAUUGUGAGCGUAUGGGAAGAAGAGAAAAGGAUCGACUGGCUAGACUAAACUUAAAUCAAACACCAGAUCCGGUGGUCUCACUUUUUCCGGAUCCAGUACGAUUAAGCCCAUCUGAAGGUGAUAAUCAUAUCUCACAAACGUUAGGCGAUUUUUCAAAAGCAAAACCUCUUAUUGAAAGUAAGGUUUAUAUUGGUAUAUCUACAUCAAAUCGACGUCCACAUGGUAACGUUAGUAGUAGUAAUAAGUAUGCAACCAAUCCAUUACUGGGAGCGAAUAAUGGAACACAACAACAAUCACCAUUGCCAUCAUCAAUUCAGCAUGGAUCAGCAAUAUUAAAUAACCGUCAUUCAAUAUCUGGUCCAAUAUCACAACAACAACAACCACAAACGUUGCCGUCACAUUCAUCUUCUGCAAAUUAUCCUCCACCGCCUUACCCUUCUCAAUCAAGAUCAGGAUUACUUAAACAGCAAACUGAUAAUAAACCGUCUUACAAUGGCCGUGGAGGGUACCCAGGCCAAUUACCUAAACAUGAACCUCCUGGCAACGUUAAUCGUAUAUCAAUACAUAAAGGACUCCAAAUUCAACAAACUCAACAACAAUCGAGCUUACAACCAUCACCGUCAUCUUCUUCAAUGAUGCCAAAUGGUAGGCUUUCUUCAGAUAAAAGUGGGGGAGCUAGUAAUGGAAGUGUGGGUAAUACAAGUUACCCAAUACUUUCACACCAUAUGCCAAAUGGAAGAUUUCCACAAACAAUUCCACCAAAACCAUUGAAUAAAUACUCACACCAUCCUGACAGGGAUAAGGAUAACUUAAUAAAUGGCGAUGUUGAAUCAUUUCAUAAAGAUGUACCUAUAACGUACAAUACAACGGGAACUGUUGAUGUUGUAACCCCGAAGGAUAAACUAGAUAUCAAUCCACCAAAUACAUAUGCCGAUCAUUCAACACAUUUUAAAUCGACACAUACUAAUAGCAAUAAUAACAAUAGUACUAAUAAUAAUAUUAAUAGUCAUAGUGCUAAUUUUAGUGACCCUAAUAUUAAUAAUAAUAUUGUUAAGAACAAUGUGCCUGUGUGUAACGAUAAGCCAAGUUUUUUCCCUGUUAGUGUUUUGACAAAUGAUCUUGAUCUUUCCGAUAGUGAGGAAGAGAUAAAACAUAAAAAGAGCGCAUCUGUAGAUCAGAUGUCUGCUAAUUCCAGUGAUAGUACGGAAUCGGGAUCCAGUGAGUCGGGAAGUGAGGAGUCUAAUGGAACCAAAGGAGAAUCCCAGAAUCAAUCAAAUCAAUGGGAUUUAAAAAAAUUUUUUCCACAACGUGUAACCACGCAAACUCAAUCUAUUCAGCAGCAUCGACAAAUACAGCAGAAACAACAGUCGUUACAGCAACAUCCAAAAUCACAGCAAAUUCGUCAAAAUCAACUUCAAAAUACAAAUAAUAAAAGUUUGAGUGUCUUGUCAGAUACAUCAGUGCUCUCCCAGCCGUGCUUGUUGGUAGAUCAACAAACAGUUAUUAAAGAUGAACCCGUAUCUGGGGAUGACGAUCCUAAUCAGCCAAAUUCGCCGUUGCCAAAUAUAAACCACAUUAAAAAGGAAUCGGAAGUGUUAUAUCAAAUGGCAAGUGAUGGAAUAAAAUUUGAAAAGAAUAUACCAAGCCCAAAUCAUGACGAUUUAUUUGAUGACGAGAGAAGUAAUCAUUUGUUAAACAUAACAACAAAACCACCGCUAGGGAAUUUAGAAAAUAUAAACCCUAGUGAUAUUAUUAAUACAGAUUUAAGUAGUAGUAGUGAUGAAGACGAUGUUGAACAUCAAGAAAAGUUGCAACGUCGAAGACAACAACAAAAACAAAAACAAUUAGUGCGGGAACAAUUUCAGGAGCAACAACAAUCGCUUCCACAGCAACUGGCAUUACAGUUGCAGCAACAAAAUCAACCAGAUAUUCCUCAAACACAAACGACUUCGUCGCCAAAAUUAUCGCAAAUAGUAAGUGGCUUAAAAACUUCAGCAAAUAAAGAAACUGAUGCGCAAUCCAUUAGUGGUGCUUCACCAAAUAAAAAACCUAAAAAACGACGAAAAAAAAAUAAUAAUUUGACAGCAGAUACCAGUGAGGAUGAAAAUGAAAUUCUAAAUAAAAAUAAAAAAUCCAAACCAGAUCCCAAAGAAAAGAAACGUAAGCCUGGUCGGCCGAGGAAAAGUUUAACACCAUGUCAAAGUAAUAACGUAAUUGGUGCUGGUAACAUUUCCAGUUCUAUAAGUGCGAAUCCUUUACGCAUGAAAAAGACUGAUAGUUGUUCGAGUGCAGUUAAUAUUAGUUUGAGUAAUAAUUUACCGGCAUCUUCCAUAAACACUGCAAACACUGUUCCAAAGAAAGUAACGAUUGAUCGGCGAAGCUCUAGACAAUCAGUUACAAAAAAUCGUGUUAUAAUUGAAAGCUCUGGCAGUAGUUCAUGUAGUAGUAUGGAGGAUGGAGAUGUGAACGGGUCUAAAAAAGUUUUAGUUGAUUCUUCUUCAGGAAAUAUGUUGCAAGUGCGUUCCGGUGCUAUUAAUAGGGAUAAUAAUAAUCAAAAUCAGCAGCAGCAGAAAAUUCCACAUCCUUCUCAAAUAAAUCAUAUAAAAGGUCAAAUACACUCGCAAAAAUCGAAAACGAGUAAUUCGCAACUUUCGGAAGACGAUAGUGAUGAUGAGGAAGAGGACGACAGCGACGAUGACGACGAUGAGGAUGACAGUGGCAAUUCCUCAAGCACAACCUCUGAAGAUUGGACUGGGGAUGUCUCAGAAAAAGAUGAAGGUGGUAAAUAUUCGUCGAAAAACUGUGACACAUCCACCUCAACUUCGAGUGAUGAUUCCGAUAGCGAUAGUGACGAUUCCCAAUCGAAUAAACGUGAUAAGCCAAAAAGUGAUAAAAAGAAAGUCGAUACUUUAAAGAAAGUGUUUGUGCCAGGUGGUACAAAAAAAAUUAGUCAAAUACACGUACACGAAGAAUUGAAUCAACCAAAGGAAGCUCAUGAAAAAAUAUUAUCACCUAUAAAUGCCUUUAAAACAAGUACAAUAUCCUCAAGUAGUACAGAAAAUUUGAUCGGCGGCAAUAUUUUAGAUACGACAAAUAAUCAACAUGAACAACAGCAACAACAUCAUCAUCAUUGCUCUAAAUUGCCUCACCAAAAAUCGAAUACAGUCUCACCUUCUACAUCUACUACAAGUGGUGUAUCAAAUCAACAGCAAUUACAAUUAUUGAAUUCAUGUACUCCGUUGUUAUCAACAUCAAAUCAAAAUAACUGUAGCAAUAAUAAUAGCAAUAACAAAUUAAAUAUCAGUGCUAAUUGCAGCGUUAAAAAUAAUAAUAAUUUCAUUAGCAAUAGUAGUAAUAAUCAAAAUUUACAACAAAUUCAACAACAAAAAAACUCACAGCAACACAAAAUUUUAAAAUCUCCAAGAAAUAGCAGCAAUAAAAUAACAACACCUCUAAUAAAGACACCGGAAAGAAAACCAACACAAUCCAACUCUCCACAAUUGAGAACAUCCCAAUCACCAAAAAUCAAACCAAGCAUACAGUCACCCAAAUUAAAAGCUUCACACUCGCCACAAAUAAAACAAGCUAUACAUUCGCCAAAAUUAAAAACGAACCAAUCUCCACAGCUGAAACCAAUUUCAUCACCACAAUUUAAAAUUGCUCCGCCCCCAAUAUCUGCGACAAUAUCCAGUUUAUCAAAACAAUCAGAGUUUUCUCCUAAAGCAAAAACCUUACCAGAAUUUUCACCAAAAUCCAGUCCUUCAUUGACGAAACCAAAUCAAACAACCAAUCACACUCAGGAAAUCUCUUUUUCUCCAGCAAACUCGGUUCCUGGAUCUACUUCUUUAAUUUGUUCGAUAGAAAUAGCUCGUAUAUGCGUACGGCAAGAAUGGUAUAACAAGAAAUAUCAGAUACCGGGACGCCAUGAACGAAAUUUAAGUCCAAAACGAAUAAAUAAAAGCCCAGGAAGUAUAAACGAUAUUAUGAUAGCAAGUGAUUCGAUUAAAGACGCAAGUGUUGAAAAUAACAGACUGAAAGGAGCACCUAUCUCACGAAGUAGCUCCAGCACUCAGUUGAAUAUGUCGAUGUCAUCGGAUUUGAAAUCACCCGUACAUUAUUUAUCAACAGAUACUGCAACAAUAGGCUUACCAACUCAGGCAGAUGCUGUUUAUGAAUUAUCUAAAAAAAAUAUUCACACUGCUACUGUUUUAGAUUGCAUACACAACAUUAAUUGUAUUGAAAGUAGUAAUAAAAGUAACAACAUAAAUGUUAGUAAUAAAAAUAAUGAGAGUACUAAUAAUGGUAAUAAUAACAAUUAUGUUAAAAUCAAUAGCACUAAUAAAAACAAUAACACUAAGGAUAACAAUAAAAAUAAUAACAGUAAGAAUAGUGAUAACUUUUCUAAUAACAAAAACAAUGAAAAUAGUAACGAGAAAACAAAUAGCAAAACUAUUGAUCUUGAAAACAAGGACACAAAUGGUGAUAUCAUAAGUAAUAAUGAUAGUAAUAGCAAAAGUAGAAAUAACCAUAAUAACAACAAUAUUAAUAGCAUUGAUAAUAAUUACAGCGAUAGCUGUAAUAAUAAAGCGAAUACUAUAGAAUUCAAAGAUGAUAAUAUGAAUUAUAACAAUAAUAUUAAUGAUAGUAACAAUAAUAGUAAUAUGAAUAAUAAUAGUAAUAUUAAUAAUAAUAUUAAUAGUAAUAAUAAUAACAAUAAUAAUAUUAAUAAUAAUAAUAAUAAUAAUAAUAAUAAUAAUAAUAAUAAUAAUAAUAAUAACAAAAAUAAUAAAAAUAAUAAAAAUAAUAAUAAUAAUAAUAAUAAUAAUAAUAAUAAUAAUAAUAAUAAUAAUAAUAAUAAUAAUAAUAAUAAUAAUAAUAAUAAGAAUAAUAAUAAUAAUAACAUUAAUAAUCGUAAUAGUAGUAAUGACAACAGUAAUAAUAUAAAUAGGACUAAUAAUAAUAUUGAUAAUAGUAAUGAUAAUAAGAUUAAUGAUAAUAGUAAUACUGUCAAUAAUAAUAGUGAUAACAAUAAACACAAAAAUUAUAGUCACAAUAUUGCUAAUAAUGUGUCUAAUAAUAGUAAUAUUAGUAACACGAGCGAUGAUAUUAACAGUAAUAAUGCCGACAAUAACAAUAAUAGUAGCGUUCAAAAUAAAAGUAAAAUGGAUAAAAAGAAUAAUGUUGAAAGCUAUAAUGAUAAUAGUGAUAGCAAUAACAAAAAUGAAAUUAAAAAGGGUAGUGAUAGCAAUGAAAAUAAUCCAUACAGCAAUUUGGCUAAUGAAAACGCUCUAAAUGAUAAUGUCGCUAAUAAUAAUGCCGCUAAUGAUAAUGUUGCUGGUGAUAAUAAUAAUAAUAAUAAUAAUAAUAAUAAUAAUUAUAAUAAUAAUUAUAAUAAUAAUAAUAACAAUAAUAAUAUUAAUAAUAAUAAUAAUAACAAUAAUAAUGCUAAUAAUAAUAAUAAUAAUAAUAAUAAUAAUAAUAAUAAUAAUAAUAAUAAUAAUAAUAAUAACAAUAAUAAUAAUAAUAAUAAUAAUAAAAAUAAUAAUAAUAAUAAUAAUAACAAUAAUAAUAAUGAUAAUAAUAAUAAUAAAAAAAAUAAUGCUAACAAUAAUAACAAUAAAAGUAAUAUUAAUAAUAAUAACAAUAAUAAUAAUAAUAAUAAUAAUAAUAAUAAUAAUAAUAAUAAUAAUAAUAAUAAUAACAGCAAUAAUAAAGAUGAUAAUGAUAAUAAUAAUAAUAAUAAUAAUACUAAUAAAUGUAGCAGCAAAAAUAAUAAUAGAAAUAGAAUUUAUACCAAGAAUAGUAAUGGCAAAGAUAAAAAAAAUGAAACCAAUAAUAACAAUGAAGGAAACAAUAUUGAAAAGAAUAAAGAUAAUAAAAAUGAAAUUAAUGAUAAGAAUAAAACAAAUAAUGAAAUAAAUGAAGAUAGUAAUAAGAAUGAUAAUCAUAGAAAUAAUAGUGGUAAUAUUAGUAACAAUGACGAUGAUACUAGUAGUAAUAAUAGCUAUUCUAGUAAAUAUUUAGUUUAUUCUUCGAGACUGUCUGGAAAUUUCUGUAAUAGUAACAUUACUCAAAGUCAGAAUCACCAAGAUGGUUUUCGCAAUUUAGAAAACAAUAAUAUCAACAAUGGUGGUAUUAGUGCCGAUGGCAAAAUUGCUGAAAACAAUUUUACAAAUUCGAAUGAAAAUAGUAAAAAUAAUAAAAUAAUAAAUAAAUCAUAUGACCAAUACGACUCUACUGGUCACCCUGAUUCGUUAUUUGGUAAAAACAAUUCAAAUAAUGGUUAUAUUUCGCCAUCAUUGAGAACGUCUAGUUCGAAUUCACGUUUAACCCCAACUCAUCAUCGUCAACUCCAAUCACCCAAAAUUGAAGAGCACCAGCGUUCAUCAAAUUUAUCAUCACAGUCACCAAGUGGUAACAAAGGAAAUUUAAUACACCCUAAUAUCAUCAAACAUGAAGCGGGAAUUAAAGAUGAGUUAGACGAAUUUAACACAAAAACAAGAAUACCGUCAUCAGUCGAUGACAAAUCUAAUUUAUAUAGCAUCAAAAGUGGCACAAAUGGUGGUGGUUCGUUUAAGCAAGAAAUUAUCAAAAAUGAGUUAAAAUUAAAAACUACGUCACCUCCAGUAAAUAUGUCGACAUCACUACCAAACGUUGCAGUAGUUACAUAUUCAAAUUUAUCUAACUCAGGGCAAAUUGCAAUACCGACUACUUUAUCCCCCGGUGCCGAUAGCAGUUCCACUGGAGUUUGCAACAAUAGUAUUAGCAAUAAACUGGACACAAUAGACCAUAGGAAUAAAUUAGUUAAUGACUGCGGUUUACUAAUUAAUAAGACUGGAAAUAUUGUUUGUGGACAAGUUGCCACAAAUAUUUUUGAAGAAAAUGAUGAAUAUACUCCGAAACCUCGUAGGAAGCGUACUUUAAGUUCAAGUAGUAGUCCAUAUAAAGAAAAGAAAAAAAGAAAAGAUAAAGUCAACUCGCACGAGGCAAUUGAAGAGUUUCCACCCACGAAUCAUGAUCGAUUACAAUUGCAUCAAAUUAACGAGAAGGUGUUGACAUCUCCAGCAUCUCAACCAAUUGUUUCAAAAGUUUAUAGGUCAUAUUUUGAACAAAACGAGGAGGUGUUAAGGGGCAUUCUCAAAGAAGAUUGUGAUAAAAAAUAUCUAGAAGAGGCUAAACGCCUAAAACAUGCUGCCGACAAAGAAUCAAAUUGUUUUGAGCAAGUAAUGCUGUAUUUGGAAGCUGUAUUAUAUUUUCUGUUAUCCGGUGCUGAAAUGGAGGAACAUAAAAAUACUGAGAAAGCUGCUUGUACAAUGUACCAGGAAACUUUGUUAUUAAUUAAAUUUAUUUCGUCUAAGUUUCGCAAUCAACAAAACUGUCAAGCAGACAAUAACAACAAGGUUGCAAUUUUAAGUUUACGAUGUCAGUCGUUAAUUUCUUCAAAACUAUACAAAAUGAAACGCCAUGAGUAUCGGGAGGUUCAAAGGAUCGUUAACGAUUUUUUUAAUCAAAGAAAUUCAACUGAAAUGUUAAAUGGUAAUACUCCAUCUUCAAUAUCGCCAACGAACUCCAACGGAUCGCAGAGCUCUGGUUCAAAUACCCCACCUUCUCAAAUAAUACCAGUUUCAGUUCUUCACGCAUUGCAUAAACAAAAUUCAUUUCUUAGUUAUUUAACAAGUUGCCAUGAUUUAUGGGAUCAAGCAGAUACGUUGGUUAAAAAAGGCAAUCAUACAGAUUUCUUCAUAGCACUAGAUCAUGAAAACGGUCCACUAACAUUACAUAGUUCAAUAUAUGAUGUAUUUAAAUAUGUACAAGCGGGUUUAAGAAAAUUAAAAGAUUAGGGAAUUUGGUUUAACAAAUUACAAAAAACAAAAAAAAUAAAAAAAAAAAUAAAAAAAAUGUAAAAGCAUAAAAAAAUUAAAACAUGAAAUUGAUUAUAUAUACUGAAAAUUUUUGUAAAUUGAAUAAAUUUUUUAUAUUAGGUAGAAUUAUUUCUUUAAUAUCAAAUCAUUUUUAUCAAAAUUAAUUAUUAAUAAUUUUUGUUGCAUUGCUUUUAAUUUUUAAAAAUACAUAUGUAAUUGAAUUUUUACCAUUUUUACCAUCGUUAUAUUAAUUUACUACAAAUAGUACUUUUUGGAAUAAGAACAUUAUCACUUAAAUAAAAAAAUGUAUCAAAGCACAAAAAAAAACUAUUUUUUUAGGUUAAAAACAUGAUCAUUUUGAAAAAGCAACAAGAAAAAAAUGACAAAGAAAUACAUAUAACAUUCAUUAUAAUGCAGCAAUCACGAUAUAAAAAAUAUCUUAUUUUCUUUUUCAAAUAUCAAAUUUUAUUUGUCAUAUUUCACUUUUAUUUACUGCUUAAUUUAUUUAAACUUAGAAAUUAGCAAAUUUUACCCGAGAAAACCGCAAGUGCAAUUAAAUACUACUAAUUUUUAAUAUUGAUAAGUUUUAAUAACGUAAAAAAUUGAAUAUUAGUACAUAAGUAAACAAUUGUGUAACCAAUUAGAAAUUCACGUUCGCAUUCGUCUUCAAAAUGGCUUUUUUAAUCCAAAAUGUUGCAGAAAAGAUUAAAAAUAUUUGUGAACAAAAUUUAUAUUAGGAAAUAUAAUUAUUCAAUUUAUUCAAAAGUAAAAACUUUUCAAAAGAAUUCUAUAUUAGUUAUUUUUUAUAGGCUCCAGUUUUAUAAUUAAUAUUUAGUUUCAUUGUCAAAAAUCGGCAUCAACAUGUGAACAAUUUAUUAUAUAAAUAAACGCCUUUUUUUACCAGAACAUGAGAUAUCUAAUAUUUUUGAUCAAGAAAAAAAAUAACAAUUCUAAGAAUCAAGAGUAACAGAAAGAAGCAUUAACUAAAGCAUGUAAAGCAUUUUUCCAAUACAAAUACACAUAGAUUACGAGUAUCAGUGGUGUAUCAGUAAAAAAACUUUAAUUCCCCAAAAUUUAUUUAGAUUUAAUUUUUUUGUAACCGUACAUAAAGUCUGUAAUGAAAAUUUGCAAGUAUACCACUGUUUUUUUUUAAAUUUAGUAAUGCGGUUUGUCGAAAUCCAAAAUAUUUUCUCUAAUAUUUAUGAUUAAUCUUAAAAAAGCCUUUGGAUCAUAUUUUUUAAUAAAAUUUAUUCCUGAACAAAUUAAUAUUUCGUUUCAUCUAGAUUUUCCAGCUGAUAUUUAUUAUCUUAAUAAGAAUGCCCUCUAUGUGGGCAUUAUUGCACCAACCACUUUUUUUUUUAAAUCAAUUAAUCACCUACUAUAAAAACUAUACAAAUGAUAAAAUGAACUUUCUUAAAAAGUCAAAGAGUAAAAUUAAAAAUGGUUCGUGCAAUGGGACCAAGUUACUCUUUAUUUUUCGUAACAAUCCAAACAGAUAGUAAAUUUUCCAAAAUUUAUUUUUCGACUGUAAUUUUAUAAACAAAAAAAAAUAAUAUGUAUGAGAUAAUAUUAGUAAACAUUAAAUAUAUUUUAUUAUUAAUAAUGAUUUUAUAAACUACAAUUUUAUUGACCUGGUCAAGGAUAGAAAUCGUUGAAAAGUUUUGAAUCAUAUUUUUCCAAUUUUAAAAUAUUUUGAGUACAGUUAUUUAAAAAAAAUUUAAUUAAUAUACGUAAAAAAGUUUUUAUUCUCAUAAAGCUUUUAUUCUCAUCGUUUAUUAAAAUUUCGUUGAUUAUCUUUUCGCUAUACCAAAUUCUACGAUUCUUGAUAUAAAAAAUUAAUCUGGUAUAAAACAGUAAUGAUGAUGACUAAUAAAGUUAGGUUUGAAAGCUGGUAAUUAUGUAUGUAUAUUAAAAAUUGGAUUAAAAAUUGCUUAACAGAAAAAAAAUUAGUGGAACAUAUAAAAAUGUUAAAGGCAGUCACCGCAAUAAUUAAAACCAAAUUUAUAAUUUCUAAAAAGCUUGUUUAAGUAAUUUUUUUUAAAUGUAAAAAAAUUAAUAAAUUUAAUUAAAUAAUAAAAUUUAUAACAAAAAAAUAUAUCUUACUUUUAAUAUCGUUCCGUUAAAGUGAAUUAGAAUUUUGUUAAUUACUUGUUGCUUACAUUUUUUUUUGUUUUUAGCCGCUAAUUCAUUUAAAUUUUGCAUGAUAUAAAAUUAAUCAAUUACAGAUCGGUUUAAGGGAAGAAUUUAAAAAGUCUAUAAUUUAAAUUUUAUUAAUUUUGGGUUAAUUAUAGACUAUUAUUUAACAAACAAUAGGAGAAAAACGGAAAUUAGAGUACAAUACAUUUAAAAUUUCUGAAAAAAAAAUAAAAUAUUCAACAGAUUUUUUCAGAAGAAUAAGUCAAGAAAAUUCAAUAUUAUUUACACAUACAUACGUGAAUAAAGGAUAUCAAAACAAAACGAAAACUCAGGAAAUACAUAUACAUAAUUUUUAUUGUUAAUUAUUAAAAAAGCUAAAAUUCCAAAAAAAAAUUUUAUUCAUGCUUUAACAAACUUGUUAAAUAAUUUUGGCCAAUUACGUAUUUAUAUUAAAAAAUUUGAGGUUCAGUUUUUGCUUUAUACUUUGAAACUACACUUCUUGUUAAAUUACUGAAUGUAAUUAUGAUUAUAUAUUAUUUAUAAUAAAUUUUAGAACAAUACAACACAUUUUAAUAUGCAUUCGCUCUUCUUAACAUUCGAAUAUAUUUCAUGUUUUUAACAAAACGUGCACUGGCUCAAACUAAAUAAAAAUACGUAAUUUUAAAAAAUAUUUUGUUAAAAAUUUAAAAAAAAUCAAAAGAACACAUAACCAAAUUAAAAACCAUAUUAAUCGAGAAGCAAUAUAAAAAUUUUCAACAAAUAGCUAAUUUAAUAAAAGCUGAACGAUUUUGUUUGGCCAAUUAAUUAAGAAUGCCCAUCUUUAUUUAUACAGAUUUUUUUCCUGAAACCUAAAUAAAGACAAUUAAUCUUUUCUAAAUUGUGUUUUAAAUAUUAUAUUAAAUGUUUACGUAUAUAUGUGCUUAUUCUAAAUCAAAUAAACAAUUAUAAUCUUGGCUGAAGAAAAAAACAAAAAUUUAAAAGCAUUCCGAAAAAAUCAUGUCCUUUCUAAUUAAAAUUAAAAAUGUAAAAAUUUUUAUUUAAAUUUGCAAAAAAAAAAAAGAAAAUUUUAAUUCUUGUUCAAAGCCGUGUAAAUUACGAUUCUUAUUUUUAAUUAUGCAAUGUACUAAAUAACCUUUUGAAAGUUCAAAAGUAAAAAAAAAUUGAUUACUU